AUGACAAAGGCACGAUUCACCGACGAACAGAGGGAUGUUGGGUGUUGCCAGCUAUUCGUCGAUAGCCUCUCCGGUCCUGCCUUGGUGUGGUUCACAAGGCUCGAACCGAAUUCGAUUGAUAGCUUCAACCAGUUGUCUACGGCUUUUCUUAAGCAUUAUCAAAUCCUCAUUGAACGAGGCGUGACAAGCUCGGACCUCUGGGAGAUGGCCCAGGAACCCGGCCUUCCACAUUCGAUGAAGUCGGCCAAUCCAGUCGUGGUCAAAAAGAAGAACGAUAAAUGGAGAGUAUGCGUGGAUUUCACCGAUCUCAACAAAGCAUUCCCCAAGGAUAGCUUUCCUUUGCCACACAUAGAUCGUCUCGUCGAAGCCACAGCCGGAAACCAACUGCUCUCGUUCAUGGAUGCCUUCUCAGGUUACAACCAGAUCGCCAUGAGUUCGACUGACCGCGAAAAAACGGCAUUCAUUACUGAUAGGGGACCUAUUGUUAUAAGUGUACGUUCGGAGUUACUUCAGGAGAAUUCUUGGGGGUAUAUCGUCACUGAACGGGGGAUAGAAGCAAACCCUAAACAGAUCGAAGCCAUACUGGGACUGCCAUCGCCGACCAACAAGCGAGAAGUGCAACGUCUAACCGGCCGCAUCGCAGCUCUAAAUCACUUCAUCGCUCGAUCAACAGAUAAAUGCCUCCCUUUCUACCAACUCCUCCGCGGAAAUAAGGAUUUUCACUGGGACGAGGAAUGCGAGAUUGCCUUCCGGCAAUUGAAGGAGUAUUUGACUUGCCACCCAGUAUUAGUCAAACCGGAAGACGGAGAAACACUGUACCUCUACGUCUCGGUCUCCAGUUCGGCUGUCAGCGGCGUGUUAGUUCGAGACGACCGCGGGGAUCAAAAACCUGUCUUCUACACGAGUAAAGCACUCAACGACGCGGAAUCACGAUACCCCACACUGGAGAAGCUCGCACUCGCAGUGAUCAUCGCCGCACANAACCAACUGCUCUCGUUCAUGGAUGCCUUCUCAGGUUACAACCAGAUCGCCAUGAGUUCGACUGACCGCGAAAAAACGGCAUUCAUUACUGAUAGGGGACCUAUUGUUAUAAGGUAA